AUGGCCUCCUCAGACACCCCAGCUCUCAAGAACAACCCCAAGUUCAUCUUCUUCACAGACUUUGACGGCACAGUCACCACCGCCGACUCUAAUGACUACAUGACCGACAACCUGGGCUUCGGCGUUGAACGCCGGCGCCAGCUCAACAAAGACGUCCUCUACGGUCGCAUGCACUUCCGCGACAGCUUCGUCGAGAUGCUCGACAGCGUCAAGACCCCCUUUGACGAGUGCAUCAAGAUCCUCCUCCACAACAUCAAGCUGGACCCUGGGUUCAAGGAGUUUUACGACUGGGCCAAGGUCAACAACGUGCCCAUUGUCAUCCUGAGUGGUGGCAUGCAGCCCAUCAUCCGGGCUCUGCUAGACGUGCUUUUGGGACCUGGAUGGGAUAUUCAGAUCGUGAGCAACGAUGUGAGGGCGCGAGAGGGCAAGGACCUCAACGAUGAGGGUGGCUGGAGAAUCGAGUUCCAUGAUGACAGUAUCCACGGUCAUGACAAGUCCCUCGAGAUCCGAAAAUACUCUUCCCUCCCUAACCGACCUACCAUGUUCUACGCCGGUGAUGGCGUUUCAGACCUUUCCGCUGCCAAGGAGACCGACCUGCUCUUCGCCAAGGCCGAUAUGGACCUCGUUACUUGGUGCGAGAACGAAAAUGUCCCUUUUGUCACCUUCCGCGACUGGUCCAGCAUCACCCAGACCGUCAAGGAAAUUGUCGCUGGUGAUCUGUCUGUCAAGGACGCUGCCCGUGGCCGCAUCUAA